AUGACAAUGCACGCCCACUACAUGGGCCUCGGCGGCCCAGCGCUGCGCGUCGCCAUCGGCCUAACCGCCGGCCUGUGCUUCCUUUCCUUCGGAUACGGCCAGGGCGACAUUGGCGGCUUGAUUGUGCUGAGAGACUUCCGCACCAGGUUCCUCGGGUGGGGCAACGAACAGAUUGUCAUGGACCACCGCAUUGGAGUCUUGGACGGCAGCACCAUUGCCAGCUGGAAUUUGGGCUGUUUGGCUGGAGCCGUGUUCACCAUUUUCCUUGGCGACCGAUUGGGUCGUAGGGGAAGCAUCAUUACCGGCCUUGUCAUUGAGAUCAUUGGCAAGCUCAUCCAGGGAACGACGUUCUCGCUGGGACAGUAUAUUGCUGGACGUGUGAUUGCUGGCGUGGGCAAUGGCUUCCUCGCCUCGACAAUCCCCGCGUGGCAGGCGGAGUGUCUCAAGACUCAUCGCCGUGGCACUCUGCUGUUGGUCUCCUUUGGCUCUUGCAUCACCCUCGGUGUUGCCAUUGCCUAUUGGGUGGUCUACGCAUUUGCCUUCACCCAGCCCAGCUCGAUUGCCUGGAGAUUCCCCAUCCUCUUCUCACUCUUCUUCGUCUUGCCUGCCCUCCUCAUCGUCAUCUGGAUGCCCGAGAGCCCGCGAUGGCUCUUGUUGCAGGCCCGCGAGAAGGAGGCGAUCCGGGUCUUGUCUGCGUUGAACGAGUUGCCGGAAGACCACGAGGACAUCCGCCGAGAGAUUCUGCAGAUCAAGUACGCCGUGAAGCACAUGGCCAGCACAUCGGCCACCGGCGCCUUCUCCAACGGCGAAUAUCGCUACCUGCAUCGCGUCCUGCUCGCCGUGCUCUUGCAAAUUAUGCAGCAGUUCACGGGAGUCAAUCUGUUCAUCCAGUACUUGGGUAUCAUGUUCUGGCAGCAGUUACACUAUCGACCCUUCAUCUCCAUGGCCCUGGCCGGCGCCUGCUCCACUGUCUUCUUCAUCGCUUCCCUGCUGGCUGUCAUCUUGAUCGACCGCUACUGGGGCCGACGGACGUUGACCAUCUUUGGCGCCUCUGGCAUGCUUGGCUGCAUGAUCAUCUUGACCAUUACGGCUUACAUCGGAGAUCAGGGCAAUGAUCGUGGAUUCCUGGCCAUGACUGCCUUCCUUUUCCUCUAUGUCUGCUUCUUCUCCGUUGGUUGGCAAGGCAUGAGCUGGAUGUGGUCCGUCGAAUUGAUCCCAUUGAGCAUCCGCGGACCAGCGAAUGCUCUGUCGACUGCCGCCAACUGGCUGGCAAACUUCGUCGUCGUCAUCAGCGGCCCCGAGCUCCUCCUCUACUCCAAAUGGAGAACAUACAUCAUGUACGCCGUGUUCAACGCCGCCAUCAUCCCGACCAUCUAUUUCUUCUACCCCGAAACCGGCGGACGAUCGCUGGAAGAAGUCGAUCUGGUGUUCAAGCAGGCCAACGACCGAGGCCAGCCUUGGUUCACAGUGGUCAAGGCGGCGCGGGAAGAGCCCAAGUGGUUCGAUCGAAACGGCGAUCCCACCGACUCGUUCGGCGGCUCGUCCGAGAAGGGCGACUUGGAUUUCGACAAGGUGCAGAGCUCGUCCAACGAGAUCAGCCCCGACUCCAACUACCGUGCUACUCGCCAGUCGACGUCUCGAGAAGCACGUGACGUGGAUGGCGAGCACUCCGCUCCCGCCCCAUCAGUCAGGCGAACGCAUUCGAGCGAGAGAAGCGCUCGGUCCCGAUCGCGUGGAUGA